UUGGAGAUCGAUAAUAAAUAUACAGAUCCGCUCAAUAUUAUUUCAGACUCAGAUCAUGAAGACAACCAGCUAAAAAAUGGAGGCUGUAAACAUAUUCACAGAAAAAUUCCACAACAUUAUUAACGAACGUUUAGGGCUCGUCCUCUUGGAAUCUACAAAAAAGGAAGGAAAAUGCGAAUCAAAAUCCGCACAGGAACCCUCCGAUACUGAUGGAAACUCUUGCUCGUACUGUCAGGUCCAGUUUGCAGAUCUACAAAGUCAGAGAGAACAUUACAAGUUAGACUGGCAUAGGUACAAUUUGAAACAAUCGUUACUCUCAAAACCACCUCUUGCAGAAGAUGAAUUCAACGAAAAAACUACUAAUGAUGAUUUGUCGAGUAUAUCCGGUUCCGAAUCAGAGAAGGAAGACUCAUUAGAUACUUUGGCUGUCGCACAAGGAAAACUCUUUUUACAAAACGCCAGCACGACGGUUUUCUCUAUAUACAAAUGUCUCAUAUUUGAUAGAAAGGAAGACAUCUCGGACGACCUGCUGAAUCCACGAUUGACUAAAUGUACCCUACAAAACCCGCAAUGGACCUUGUUGAUGCUUGGUGGUGGUCAUUUUGCCGGUGCGAUUUUCAAAGGCAACGAGCCUUUCCUGCACAAAACAUUCCACUGUUACACUGUACGGGCAGGUCAAGGCACUGGACAAACUACGAGAGACAAUAGAGGUCAAGGGGGUAAAGGAGGGCCCAAAAGUGCCGGAGCUUCGUUGAGGAGGUACAAUGAACAAGGGAUGGUGCAGCACGUAAAAGACAUAGUGGAAAACUGGAAAGACGAAAUAGAAAAAAGCUCAUUGAUAAUAUACAGGGCAGCAGGACCUUAUAACAGAUCUGUUCUGUUCGGAGGUUCAAAUCCCUUGUUAGAUCGCACUAGCAAAAAACUUAGAACGAUACCAUUUUCAACAAGAAGAGCUACUUUCACAGAAUUGAAAAGGGUGCAUGCCCUGUUAGCAACUGCAGAAGUUUAUGAUUCAUUGGAGACAGCAACAAAGAUAUAUGCAUUACAAAAGUCACCAGAUGCAGAUUUGAAACGAAACAGAACUAGAACAUCUUGUGUUAAUAGAGCAAAAUCUAGGGAACCCAUAGAGAGACCACUACCAUCAACUUUAUCUAGCACAAGCAGUUCUGAUGAAGAUCUGGAUGAAGAAAUUACAGAUCUGGACAUAGCAACUAUAGAUGUAGAAUUACAAAAAGAGCAACCUCAACAACUUGAGGAUUCAAUCCUAGAAGUUGUGUACGAAACGUCGCAACUUGAGGAUUUACAAGAAUUUGGCGAUUCCUUAACGCCCGAGCAGAGGAAAAAGCCUGCAAAGAAGAAAAGUAAACCAAAGAAGAGCAAAUCGAAGAAACUGAAGGAGCACGAAGAAGCGAAAAGGAAAGAAUUGGUGGAUUUUAUAUCGAAAGGAGACGUCAGUGGACUGGAAAAGCUCUUAGCAAAUCAUUUGAACUCUCUAGACGAAGGUGUAGAUAAGGAAGAGGCUAAAAGGAGUUUCGUUAAUCAGGUGUUGGAUGAAAACUUGAAUACUCUGCUUCACGAGGCUGCUUUGAAUGAACAAAACGAUAUCUUAAGAUUUCUGCUUGACAAUUCCGCCGAUCCCUGUUCGAAGAACAAGGCACAGCAAACAGCCUAUACUUGCACCCAAAGCAAGGAGAUCAGGGAAUCGUUGAAGCAGUUCGCCAAGGAGAAUCCAGAGAAGUUCAACUAUAACAAGGCGCAAAUACCUGUGAACGCGUUGACAGAAGAGGAAUUAGCGGAAAAGAGAAAAGCGCAAAGGAAAGUUAAGAAGGAGAAAGAGAAGGAGAAAAGGAAAGAGAAUGAGGUUAAGAGGAAGGAAGAGGAGGAGAGACAGCGAUUUCUUAAUCUUAGCGAUAGGGACAAGAGAGCAUUGGCCGCAGAGAAAAGGAUAAGAGACCUGUCAGGAAAAGUCAUUACUCGAUGUUUCAACUGUGCAGCAGACAUAACUGGAAAGGUGCCGUUUGAAUAUAUGGGAAACGUCUUUUGUACUAUAGACUGUUUGAAGGCGCAUAGAUUAAAAGGACCUAUUUUAUUAUCCUAGAUCCUAGGUGACCUAAGCUCAGAGGCCAUUCAUUAAGAAUAAUUAUUUCCAAACAAACUUGUGAGGACUGAGCGUCCUUCAGCUGAAGAGGGUAUCAACGAAAUCGGUCAGACAACUUUGAUUUUUUAUUUUUAUUGUACACACUUGGUUAUAGUUCGUAUAUUCGUAGAUUUAUUUUAAUAUUGAAGUCUGUUGUACUGUAUCAAAUUAUUUUUAUUUCAGUUGUAAUAAUAUAUAUCUUGAAAAGGC